AUGUGCAGAGGAAUGUAUGAUCUCAAAAUUUGCUGUCCGAACCUAAAAGAUAUACGAGUUUUCGGAAUGGAUUUAAAGAGUAUAGACAUCUCCGGAAUGAGACUAGAGGAUGUAAGAGUCUCGUAUUGUUUUGUAAAUUGCAUCGAUGGAAGUGAGGUUGACAUUUUCGCCCCGAAUCUAAAAUCCUUUGCUUGGGUGGGUAAUGUCAUUACUGACAAGUGUUCGAUCCAGAGCUUUCCUGUGCUCAAAAGGUCUGAAUUUCUUUGGCCCCACAUUACAACGAAGAAGAUUUCUAAUAACAGUGUUAUCGAUCUUUUUUCGUCUUCAUCCCAAGUUGAAGAACUUACAAUAACUUUUGACUUCCUCCGGAUUCUAUCAGAAAUUUAUUUUGAAUUCGGUGGUCUGCCAUUCUCAUUCAUGAAACUUAUUAAGACCUUGGAUAUUUAUCCCGAUAAAAGAUAUUUCCCGGCCCGAGGUAUAGCAUGCCUAUUCAAGAGUUCUAUAGUCCACAGACUGAGGAUUCAUCUUUUUAUGGACUCUUAUGAAGAAAAUUAUGAUGAGUGGACCGACUUGGAUUACGCCAACUCUACUGAAAAGCAAUACUGCGAGACUCGAGCUCAAUAUUUGAGCCCCUUUCUUAGUCACCUAAAGGUGGUCGACAUUAACCUCGGCAACAUGAUCCCUGAGAAUGCAGUAACUUUUGCAAAAUUUUUCCUUAAAUAUGGAAGAGGCUUGCAAAAGGUGAAUCUUAGAUUUUGUAGGGGAAAAAGUAAUCUACCUCCCAAUUUGCUGAAAGAUAUCAAGGGUCUCCCCCGGGCAUCUGCAGAUGUUGAAAUCUCAAUUUCUUGCUAUUGA